AUGACGAGGGUUGGUGCUGUAGUCAAUGAUAUCAGGAAAAAAGUAGCUCAAUCAUCACCCGAACUAUCGAAGCGAUGUCGAUCAUUGAUCAAAUGUUGGCAGAAAUUGGCCGAGCCGAAGCCUACGUCUAGUGGUUCUUCCUCCACCAAUGGUACUCCCAGUUACGCUUCUCCUGUGAUCAAGAAGGGUCUCACACCGGGCACACCCGCAAGGGGCCCACGAGGUAUUCCAGGGAGCAACUCACUCCUUACACCUGCUGGAAACUCUCGUUUGACAUCUUUAGGCAGUUCAGUUCUAACGCCAUCUGGAAGUUCAGGUUCACGGAGUGCUGCUGCUUCACCGUCAGUUUCAAAUGAACAUAGAGUUACUCCUUACGAAAAAUCUGGACAAGAAGUGUCAGCAAAUACUGCAGAAUCUGGAGUUCUUCGAAAAUCACAUACAGUUGGUACUGAUCUCGCAAUAAAAGCGGUCGAAGGUUCAUUGUUAUCAGGUGGAGAAAUUAUUCGAAAUGGGAAGAGAAAAGGCGAAUAUAUUGCAACUCCUGAUAUAGGUAUUAUAAACGGGUUGAGUGCUGCGAAACGUCUGCACUACAGUUCUGCAUCGGUGUCUCCAACAACACCACAUCAAUCAUUACUUGCUGCCCGACGCGCUGAUGUGAAGUCGACAAGUGAAUUGGUUGCACAGUUAACGGAGAAUUUACCAGGCUAUUUAGCAAUAAACAUAUCACAAAAUCAAGAUCCCAUCAGGAAUAAAUGUGGCGAUAACGAGGAACAGGCAAGUGUAAACACGGGUCAAAUAUCCAGAACGCUCUUUACUCUUCAAGCAGAAACUUCCAAGAAAAAGGAGAAGCGUAGUCGCUCUAAAAAAGAUAAAGAAAAGGAGGGACGAAUGAAAGACCAAUUUGUUGCAGACGAAAAGGUAAUAGCAGUGAGCAAUGAAAAAGCUUCUACGUCGGCAGUAGGAAACGCAGAACCAGCACUAGCAUGCAGUGUAUCAAAUAGCAAUCCUUCUACUAGUAAAAUGAUUGUACCUACGCGUAACGGGAAAUAUGAUUGGUAUGCUAUGCUUCCAAGUUUGGAAACAUUGCGCAAUCGUGAACAUUUCCGCUGCAAACCAUCCAGCAAUCAGCGAAAGUCAUACAUCGUAAAUGUAAUGGGCAGGAAGGUAUUGGCUUUGCCGUACAUUGAUGUUGGCUUGCCAGAUUUUUUGGAGUACCAGUUUCCAAAACCUGAAAGGUUUUAUGCGGAAGAAAAUUUCAUGUACGGUGCUCCACGACCAAACUGA